UUUAUUUGUUUACAAUUAAAUAAAUUAAUUAAUUAGAAUAAUUUUAACUUUUAAUUUUCAUCUUUAACAUUAUCUCCAUUGAGUUUGUGAUCAAGUGAUGGUAGAAUUGUUAUCAAUAACUGUUGAUUAUCUGCUUUUAACUUUCCAUUUUCAAGUGUCUUCUUAAAAUCUAUAUUUUGAUUAUUAAACAGAAUGGUUGUUCAACAAACUGGUAAAUCACUUGGAUUUAUUGCUAAAUUGAUUAAUUAUGGUAAAAUUUUCCGCCUUACCUUUAGACGUGAUUUCAAAGGUUCACGAGUCCUUGUCUCGGCCAAUGUCAAACUCUGGAUGCUCCGUAAGGCCAAUGCAACGGUACCCGCCAUGUUUACCACAAUCGCCAAGAAGAAUGAAAAUAAAACAGCCCUAAUUUACCAGGGAAAAGUUUGGACUUUCAAGGAAUUGGAUCAAUUUUCUAAUCGAAUAGCACAAACCUGCAUAUCCGCUGGUUACAAACCUGGAGAUGAAAUCGCUCUGUUAAUGGAAAAUCGGCCAGAAUUUGUUGGUAUCUGGAUGGGAUUAGCGAAAGCCGGAUUAACCACCGCUCUUCUCAACACUAAUCUCAAAUCAACUACACUUUUACAUUCAAUAAGUGUAAUUAAAACUCGAGCGUUAAUAUAUGACUCGGUACUAGAACCAGUUGUUAAAGACUUGAUGAAAUUACUUCCAACUGAUAAUCGUAUCGAUAUUUACUCUUAUGGUGCUGAUUCCUCCAAAUCUAGUGAUCAAAGUGAUGACAGGACAAUUAAAUUGGAAUCAAAACUUGCAUCUUCAAGUGAUCAACCUGUUAACUAUAAGGGAAACUUUACUGAUCGAUUGUUGUACAUUUACACUUCGGGAACCACUGGACUACCAAAAGCAGCGAUCAUUACAAAUGCCAGAUUCUUUGUUUUCGGCUAUGGAAUCCAUAAGAUCAUGGGAAUGACAUCGAAAGAUAUUCUUUAUACUCCACUUCCACUCUAUCAUUUUGCCGGUGGCGUUUUAGGAAUGAGCCAAUGUUUACUUUAUGGUACAACGAUUGUCCUUAGGAAUAAAUUCUCAGCGAAACAUUUCUGGCCAGAUUGCCAAGAGAACGGCGUAACUGUCGCUCAAUAUAUCGGUGAAAUUGCUCGUUAUCUUCUCGCAUUACCGCCAAGUGAAAGUGACCGCAAUCAUAAGGUCAGAUGUGUUUAUGGUAACAGUUUCCGUCCAUCUUUAUGGAAUGAGUUUCUACAACGAUUCGGUGUUGGUCAAAUUGUUGAAUUUUACGGAGCCACCGAGGGUAAUUCGAGUACCGUUAAUUUUGAUAAUCGUGAAGGAUCAUGUGGAUUCAUUUCCGUCCUGUUACCCCAAUGGUUACUUAAAAGGUUAUAUCCCGUUAUGUUGAUCCAUGUUGACCCGGAAACAGGGGAGCCGAUUCGUAAUUCCCAAGGAUUAUGUGAGAAAUGUCAACCCGGUGAAGUUGGUCAAUUGGUUGGAUUAAUUAAAUCUAAAAAUCCAAUUAAACGAUUUGAUGGUUAUGCUGAUUCAAAAGCUACUGAGAAGAAAAUUAUUUCCGAUGUUUUUAAAAAAGGUGAUUCCUAUUAUGCCUCAGGUGAUUUACUUUAUAUGGAUGAACUUGGAUACUUUUAUUUUAAAGAUCGGACCGGUGAUACUUAUAGAUGGAAGGGAGAAAAUGUUUCCACCGGUGAGGUUGAAGGUGUUAUCGAUUCCUUAACCAAUCAUGCUGAUGUUGUUGCCUUUGGUGUUCUUGUACCAGGUCAUGAAGGUAGAGCGGGAAUGGUUGCAAUCGGAGAUAAAACCAGAUCAAUUGAUCUUAAAUCGCUGCUAAUUAAGAUGAAGAAAGAGUUACCUCAUUAUGCUAUUCCAGUUUUCAUACGAUUAACUAGCGACAUUGAGGUAACAUCGACCUUUAAAAUGCCAAAAGUGGCCCUUAAAAAAGAGGGUUAUGACCUUAACCUAAUUCGCGAUCCAAUCUAUAUAUUAGAUUGGAAAAAUGAAGAGUACAAAAGAUUAGAUGAAAAUUUAUAUCAAUCAAUACUUAACGGUAAUUUUAAAUUCUAAACCCAAUUGUUAACCCAUUAAUCUUUAUUAUUAUGACAGUUUAAGGUUCCUAAAAUUAACCAACAUUAAUUGUAUUUUUGUUUGUGUUUCCUUCCUAUUUUUCUUGCCUUUUGACAAACAAAGAUAAUUUUCACUUUUUCUAUUCCUUCAAAAUCACAAGUAAAUUGUUAAUUAAAUCAAUUAAAUUGUCGACGAUUGUGAUCCUCAACUUUUGAAAAGUUGAGUUUUCUAAACCAUGUUAAACUAA